AUGUGUAAAAAAUUUUUUAUCCUCUCUUUGAUCUUGUUAUUAUCAGCAUCUUAAUAGGACAGCCCAAAUUCGUGCACCUGUUAAUAAUUAUUAUCAGAAGCUGAUUGCAACAUAAAUAUCCAAAUGUACUUGGGAUCAAAAAAAAAAAUGUGUUCUAAAUUCAUAGAUUUACCAAGUAUUUCAUAUUGUAAUUCUUUUAAUUAAAUGAAUUGCCCAAAUACUUAUGGCUGUGCUUGGGUAGACAACUAAUGUACUUUUUUUACGGGAUAUACACCGUUCUCUAAAACAACAGACCCUGAAUGUCAAGCAAUAAGUAAUAGAUGUAUAACUGAUGGAUUUCAUUGUGUUGAAAUAGAUAAUUGUAAUACAUACAAGAAAUAAUUAAAUUGUGUCAAAGAUUUAAAAAAAAAAUUAUGCUUUUGGGAUACAACAAAUAAUAUGUGCUUCGAUACAGAUACAUGUGAUAAACUAUCAAAAAUAUAUAAGAGUGAUGAUGAAUGUAGAAAUUAGAUUAAGACUUGCACUACAAAAGCAGAUGGAGGAUGCGUAGAAAGCGGAGAAAAUUGCAGUGAUUAAUUAUUAAAAAUCUAAUGUGUUUGGAAUAAAUUAAAAACUAUUCGAUGCUUUUGGGAUGGUAUUUCAUGCAAGGACAAAAUUUGCGACAAUGCACCAUCAACAUUAACAACAAAUCUUGACUGUGAAUAAUUCUUAUAAGGUUGUAUUACAAAAUCAAAUGGAGGUUGUGUUUAGAAUGGAGCUUGUUCAGUUGCUAAUAUUUNUUUUUAAUUUUAGUUCUUUAAAAAAAGAUUUAUUCUAUUUUUAUAGACAUGGUCAAAUUUUAAUUUGAAAUGGAUAUAAUGA